GCACGUUGAUUGGCAUGAUAAAAAAUGCUAUUUAAAUUUUCAACAUCCAAAUCGGACAUUAAAUGUGUCUAAGUUAAUCAAAAAUGAAGUCACUAUGGACAACUAUGGUUGGGUCCGGUUCAACCCUAGACUGGAAUAGUAUCUUCGCUGACCGCAACUUCCAACCAUUUGAACCGGAUUUUCAGAACCCCAAACCAAAAAGCACUUUCCCGUUUUCACCCAUAUCAGGCUUUGACGGUUGCACGACAAGUCGAGGGACCUUGAUCUAGUACUGAUGAGGCGAAUCCUUUUUCCGGCAUCUCGAUUGACGAGAACAAGCUUGACCUUAGCGCUAACUCCUCCGACCUCGCGUCCGGCUCUAACUAAGAAGCCACCACGGAGGAUGGUCUUCGCCACAGCCCUCCGCUCCAAGAAUCUCCACGGCUCUCUCCAACUCCUGCGACCGCCUCUCCUCAAUCUCCUCAGUCCUUCCCCAAACCCCAAUUCUAGGGUUGCCAAUCCGUCUUCCCUUCUAUGCUCCGCUCCACGAACAUUUUCCUCACCGGCGGUCCACGAAAUCGACUCGGAUUCCUCGGCCCUCUAUUCCAAUCCCCAGAACGCCGAAUCCACGGACCUUGAAUCGAAGCCUAGAAGCCUGUAUUCGAUCUUCGCGAAGCCCUCGGUGGUUCCAAGGGUCCAAAAGCCUCCACCAGCAACCAAUGGGAUCGCCAAGAAGGAGAGGCGGGUGCCCGUCUCUGGUUCUUCUAAGUAUCGGCCGAUGGAAGAGAAGAAAUUCCCCAAAGAGCUCUCCCCGGAGAUGCUGUCGCUUGUGCGCCGCUUGGAAGAGGAGGGGUACCUAAAAGACUCAAAUUUCUCUCGAGAAGGCCCAUUGGAUCCCAUGGAUAUCCCCGCCACCUUAUAUUCUCGCCAUUUCCUGAAAUCAGCUGCGGAGAAGUUCGGCCAAGAUCACCAAGAAAUUGCGAAGUGGUUGUCUGGAAGUGAUUUAAAAAAGAUUGCUCUUUUUGGUUGUCCAUCAAUAGAGAGAAAAACAGUUUUCGCAGCUAAAAGAUUGCGUUCUUUCUUCAGCAUUCAGGAGGAUGUUAUAUGUCGAGGAUGCAAGCUUAAAAGCUCAUGCAAAUUUGUGAACCAAGGAGUAGUUAGAGAGAAAAAAUUGAUCCUUGCUGAUGUGAUGAGAAUUCUUGCUGUGUUUGCAUUGGAUUCAGUUCCUAAACAACUAUUUAUUCCCAAUGAUUUAAAAUUUUCUGUCAGUAAAUUGCUGAAGGAAGUAGUCAGUCUUAGUAAUUGACAAUAGGAGCAAGCUUAGCGCUGGAUAUCUUUAGUUGAACGCUAAAGUUGCUCUAUUUUUGUAGUCGAAAUUGUUAUAUUAGUGAUGGAUGCAAGAAGAUGGAAAUAUGAGCUUGCUUAGUAUUUAUGGUUCCUAAUGACAAUGGUUUUGACCAUA